GCUGUAGAGAACUGGUACCCGGUAUUCUCAUCGUGAUGAUCUCAUUUGUUACAAUGAUCUGCAAAACGGCACCACCUAAAACAACAGGUAUUUCCGAAUGUGAUUGUUGAAUGGCAGCGUUGAACAGAAACUGUACGCCAGAUUUUAACGACUUAUAAUAAAGGUACAUGUGCUGAAAUUCAACAUGUUGCCUCUCCAUUAAGAUGCUGUGAAACUCAGUGAAACCAUCCCUCACCAUGGUCUCGUGAAACAAUUUCACUAGAAAUACUUGAGAAUGGCAGUGGACGAUGACCCAUCCAUGGAAAACCAAAGCAAAGAUGCUACAUUAACCAGCACCAAGGAUGUACAUGUAGUAUCUGAAACACAAUGUGAAAAGUUUACGUCCCAAGACCAAGAAAGGAAAUGGUUUGAUAAUCUUCUUGAUAACAGUCCGCAAGACGAUAAUCUGGAAUCGUUCUUAAACUGUGUAAGCUGGGGCGAGGCUGCGAUUGGUUGGAGGCUCGCCAUUCCAAAUGCCACCUACAUCUCUCGCGUUCCAGAAUCCAACUCUAGAAAAGAUGGAGAGAAAGAGAAAGAUGGAAAAAGUAAGAACUCUCUAAGACUGAGUCCAUUUGAUCGAGAUCAAUCUUGGAAGAAGUGUGUCGAACCAGGAACCUACAGGUAUAUUCAUAAAGCAGCUCAUGGUAAACUGCUUAAGAAAAGCAAGUUUAAUAAAGGCCCAGUAAAGAGACCAAUGGACGCUCAUCUUCAAGAGCAUAUAAGAAAGGUGAAAGAACAUCUUGAGAAGGUUCUUGUACAGCAGGCCACGCCGAGGGGGCAUCAUAGACCACUAGGAGAAGUUCAAAACCACGGGGAUUAUGUUACCUCAUUGAUCCGAGAAACAAAAACAAAUCGCUCUCAACCCGUGGCUAGGUACUCCCCGAGGCCCAAUAAACUUGAGGAUCAAGCACAGACUCUGACUAACAUACCUGAUGUUGGGCUUUCUUACACUCUAAAGCGAAGCAGUCCGUCCCACAAAAGCCCCCAGCCUCAUCACCCUAAGACUAAAACACCUGAUGAUCUAGUUACAGCGCUUGGCAACAAGUUAAACCAGUUAAUUCAACAGGAUAGCUUCAAAUCUAAGAUCAAAACAAAUAAAUCAACUAACACCACAGAUGAGACAUUGCGGUCCAGCUAUGAGAAGUUUCCUGCGUAUACCAUUCCUGAUCCUGCCCAUGUUGACUCGCCCACUCUCAAGCCCUUGGUCAGAGUAACACCAGGUCAGCGUAAAAUUCAUGAUGAUAACGAAAUUAUUGGUGCAGUGGCUCAAAUGAAUUUACAGUUACGAGGAAUCCCAACGCCCCCGUCACCAAGUAACGAGAAUCACGAUUUCCAAUAUGAACAAUCAAGAACUCAGCAUGACAACUCUCCGAUCAUUUCAUUGGAGGAGACUGAUCCAUCGAAUAAGAACUUUUUCUCAUGUGGUAUAAUGGGGAAAGCUGUUAGUCCCUCAGACAUUCGCAUUCAAACUCACUUAUCAAGCAUACUCAAUAACACUAAAAAUACUGUGAAGGUUAAGAAGAGGGGAACUCUACGCCCUCAGAAGCAGGGUCAAAGCACCCAUACGGGUAAGGGUGAACAUGGGUUAAGCGUAACUAAUAGACUGGGUGAUCCACUUCAUCGUGGUGUGAUGGAUAGAGAAACGGCAGGAGCAAUCGCAUCUGAACUUCUCCCCGGUGUUAGUGGACACAAGAUAAGGUUUCCGAUGCAAGCUUAUCGUAUUGUAUAGCAUUGUAACUUGUAACAUCUCAAACAGAAAUUUGACAUUUUAUACAGGGUGUUGCGGGAAGUUUUCCAGUCUUUAAUCAGUAUGCUUGGAUUAAAAGGAGUUUGAGGAGAAUAAGAAUGGUCUCCGUUUCCUCCUGGUCCCCAUGUCUUAAAGGCAGUGGACACUAUUGGUAAUUUUCAAAGACUAGUCUUCACAGUUGGUGUAUAGGGUUAAAG